ACGUGAUCGCACCCGCAUCAAGGCAAUCACUUUCUAGCUCUCUCUUUUUGUGUGAUACUUCUUUAUUAGAUACCUCUUUUUGCGCGACUACUUAAAUGAAGUUUAGAUAGGCUGAUUAUCAAUUUCAACUCUUACACAAAAAAAGAUGAAUUACAUCACUGCGCUAUAGCUCAAGUUGCUCUAAAAUGUCGCUUGAAAACGGAACGAAAGAAGCAAAAUUUGUUUAUCACAACACAAAUGAAUGGCUCAAACAAAACAGGGAACAUUUCAAGCCCCCUGUCUGCAACUACCUUAUGCACGGCGCCGGUCGCCUGAAGGUGAUGUACGUGGGCGGACCAAACAUCAGGAAGGACUUCCACCUGCAGGAGGGCGAGGAAUUCUUCUACAUGAUAAAGGGCGACAUGAACCUCAUCAUCCUCGAGAACGGGAAGUUCAGGGACGUCAUCAUCAAAGAGGGCGAGGCAUUCCACCUGCCGGGCAAGAUCCCGCAUUCGCCCCAGCGUUUCGCCGACACCAUGGGGCUGGUCAUCGAGCGCGAGCGCAUGCUACAGGAGCAAGACUGCGUGAGGUACUUCGUGGGUGACACGACUGAAACGCUGUACGAGGAGUGGUUCUACUGCGAAGACCUGGGCACGCAGCUCGGUCCUGUCAUCAAACGCUACUUCGCGUCCGAGCAACACAAGACUGGCAAACCUAUUCCUGGAACCAUCACUGAAACGCCUCCAUUCGUACCAGACUCGGAGCGUUUUACUGAGAAGCCUUUCCACUUACGCACUUGGAUAAAGGAAAAUUUGGCUAAGCUGGAGAGCGCGGGCAGACUGCGUCUGUGGGACACGUCGUACCAGAGCGACGUGCUGGCGCUGGGCGAGGGCGCCGACAUCGACGUGGCGACCGUCGACGAGGAGACGUGGCUACUGCAACUGGUUGGCACCAGCAGCGUGGAGGUGGAAGGACAGCGUACAGAGCUGCAGGAGGAUGACUCUGUACUCAUCAGAGCGCACGCCGUGUACAGUCACUACCGACCUAAAGGAUGCGUGUGCCUUUAUGUGCAGAUGCCCUGGGCUAGUAAGACAAGAGCUUGGAGCUCCACGAAAAACGCAAACAAAGAGUUUGUUGCCAAAUGCUGCGGAAAAACUGAGAUCGAGCCUGCGAAUACGAAGAAAAUCUAAAGUUUUUUCAUCGAAAGAGAAUAUUUUAGGGAAAUUUAAAACUACACAUUUUACCGAGAGCUAUAAAAUAACCGGCAAAGCAGUUGUUUCAGCGCCAUAUCUGACAAAGAGACAAAAUUAAUUUCGGAUGCUCAGAAGGAAUAACUCUAAAGUAAAAAUACAUUUGUUUUAGAAUUACUACACUAAAUCCUAAAAAUCAGGCAAUUGAUUGAUUCAUUUAUCAAAUCCUUUUUUCAUCUAAUUUAGAUGUUUUGAGAUAACGAAAUUUGCAGGAUACACUCAACUCUAUACAGAAACUUUUCUAAUUAUCGAAGUAAAUAUGAUGAAAUGACAUUUCACCAUCGAAAUUAGUUUCUAUGGUGAAAUAUAAUAUCACUGUCGUAAAAUAAUUACUAAUUAAUUUUCGUCACAAUAUCGUCACUCUAGAUUCUAGAAGGUCAAUAAAACAUCACGUUGAUGUAACCAUCUUCCAUAUUAUAAAAUAUAACAUUUAAAUGUGAGAUAAACAAGAUUCUUUUCAUUAGGAUAGCGAAGGAUCAACUUGAUAGUGGAGAUCGUAAAUCGUUGUUUGCAGUCCCAUGGCGCUUUUUCUAAACACAUUUACAUUAAUUUGAUGUCGAAAAAACGCGAAUGAAUUCA